UGUGUACCGGGGACGCUGGGGUGGCUGACGGCGGUAUUUUUUUUAGUGGUGGCGCAGCAUCCUUUGUACCGUGUCGCCUAGUGCUGAGGGGUGGAUCAGUUCUCGUCAGAAUCAAGGAUGAUGUUAACCAGAUUCGAAAGAAGGACGUGGGCCAUGUGAUUAGUUAUGUGGGAGUACAGAACGUUAUCGUUUAGUGCGAAUGACAGGGUUUUGCCUACCUGGAUAGCGCUCAGCGGAGGAUGCUGCUAGAAAGACCCCGAAGAUGAGUCAUGUUGGUGCGUGAUUAGAUGCCUACGGUGGAUUUUAAUUGUACUGUGAAGAGAACUCUUUUAAUCGUUACGGUGCGAGAAGGAAUAAAUAUGUCGAGACAAAAACAGAGUGAGACAGUGAAGGUGGUGGUGCGAUGCCGCCCAUUCAUGAGAGAGGAGACGAACAACGAUAACAUACUGGAGGUUAAUACAAAACUGGGGCAGAUCACACUAAGGAAUCCGAGGGCGUCACCUGAAGAACUCAUGAAAUCGUUCACCUUUGAUGCUGUCUAUGACUCUGAGUCGAAACAGGGAGAUAUAUAUGAUGAUACAGUCAGACCCCUUGUAGACUCAGUGUUACAAGGAUUUAACGGAACAAUAUUUGCUUAUGGACAGACUGGAACAGGUAAAACAUACACUAUGUUAGGUAUGCCUACAGACAAUGAGAGAGGGAUCAUCCCAAAUUCGUUUAACCACAUUUUUACUCAGAUCUCCAGGUCUCAGAACCAGCAAUAUUUGGUGAGGGCAUCCUAUCUAGAGAUUUAUCGGGAGGAGAUUCGGGACCUGUUAUGUAAAGACAACAACAAGAAACUAGACCUCAAAGAAAACCCAGAUUCAGGGGUCUAUGUCAAAGAUCUUUCCUCAGUUGUGACUAAGAAUGUCAUGGAGAUUGAACAUGUCAUGAUGAUAGGAGACCAGUCCAGGUCUGUGGGGUUCACUAAUAUGAACGAACGCAGCUCGCGGUCCCAUGCUAUCUUCAUGAUCACGGUGGAGUGCAGUGAGAAAGGUGCAGAUGGAGAGGACCACAUACGGGUUGGGAAGCUGAACAUGGUUGACCUGGCUGGCAGUGAACGUCAGAGCAAGACCGGUGCCAAAGGGGAGCGCCUGAAGGAGGCCACCAAAAUCAACCUGUCCCUUUCUGCACUGGGUAAUGUCAUAUCUGCUUUAGUGGAUGGGAAGAGCACACACAUACCUUACAGGGACUCUAAACUCACCCGUCUUCUCCAGGAUUCGCUGGGGGGCAACGCAAAGACGGUCAUGAUAGCGACUCUGGGACCGUCGUCUAAGCACUAUGAAGAGUCCCUGACAACACUGAGGUACGCAAACAGGGCCAAAAACAUAAAGAACAAACCCAAGAUCAACGAAGAUCCGAAGGAUGCUCUGCUGAGAGAGUUUCAGGAGGAGAUCGCCCGCCUGAAAGCCCAGCUUGAAGAGCGAGGGAUGAUGGCGAAGGAGAGGAGGAGAAGGAGGAAUAGCAGGAGACUGACUAAAAGUAUGAUUGUAGAGGAUGUUGCCCACCGAGAAAGGGAUGCAGAACUGUGGAAGGCUCUGGAAGCCGAAUGGAAGCGGAAUGCGGAAUACUAUAUGAAGGAAGAUGAGGAAAACAAAAUGAAAGAGGAGGAGAUAAGUGUAGGGAUAUCAAGCACACUCAACUCCAUAGGUGACUCUGUGGACGGCAGUCCCAAAAAAGCUGUUACCUCCAGAAUACCCAUACAUAGAUUCAGCUCUGUGGGGGAAAGUCCUAAAAAGUCUGUUUCCGGCAACAUAGCAAUACAUAGAUUUAGUUCUGUGGAGGACAGCCCGAAAAAAUCUGUUCCCACCAGUGCCCAUAGCAGCCCAGGGGCCAGAGAGAAGUGGAAGGCAUUUGGGGAGAAGGAACAGAUGGAAAAGGAAAGGAUGAUGGAAGACAUGCAGAAGGAACAGGAAGCUAUGGAAAAGAUUAUUGAGAAGUAUAAGGCAAUGGAGAGCAAAAUAUUGGCUGGGGGAAAGAACAUUAUUGACCACACCAACGAGCAACAGAAGAUGCUGGAAUUAAAAAGGCAGGAGAUUGCAGAGCAGAUAAGACGUGAGAGAGAGAUACAACAACAGGUGAUGGCUCAGGAUGAGGAGACAGGAGAGCUGAGAGAGACCUUCUCCUCCCUGCAGCAGGAGGUGGAUCUCAAGACCAAGAAGCUCAAAAGGUUGUAUGCCAAGCUGCAGUUAGUGAAGGCUGAGAUUGGGGAUGUCAUUGAUGAGCAUGUAGUAACCAGGCAGGAGCUUGAGCAGACACAGAAUGAACUCACUAGAGAACUCAAGUUCAAGUAUCUCUUAAUUGAGAAUUUCAUCCCUCCUGAAGAAAAGAACAAGAUUAUGAACCGGCUUCAUUUUGACAGUGAGGAAGACCAGUGGAGGUUUAUGCCAUUUGGGACUUCAGAAGGGAAGUCAGCUCAUCAGUUGAAACGAAGGCCCACAUCUGUGGUGGGAUACAAGAGACCUAUCAGCCAGUACGCACAGAUGGCAGCCACAACAGGAGCCCCAUGUAGAUAUCGGGCUGAGAAUGUAAUGCUCCUGGAGCUAGAUAUGAGCCCACCCACCAUGUACACCCUAAACCUUAAUGGAGCACACCUGGAACAGGCCUUUGGAGGUCCUGGUAGCCCAAGGAGAGACCUGCUAAUCAACGUCCCCUUCAGGGACAGAACCACUGCAUCAGGAAGGGUCCGGAAGUCACGAUCCUGGUACCAGGCACCACGCUCAUCCUCUUCAUGUGUUUCAUCAUCUUCAUCUUCCAGUUCCAUAACCCAAGGUCCCCAGACCCAGUGUUCCCCUAACACCCAGAGACCCUCAUCUGCCAACUACACUCCACUGGAAGGUGCCAUUCCAGGGAGCCCCUGAUUCUAGAUUCUAUAACAUUCCAGUGUAUAUCAUAUAUGCCUUGCUGUCUUACAUUAUGCAAACAACAGUUUCAUAGUAUAUUAUUUCACCACACUCAAUAUGUCUGUAACUGAAAGAUUCACAUACGCCUUUGUGGAAAGGAUUGCAAAGCUGAGAUCUUAAUUUAAUUUUUCGCUAUCAUUAUUGCUUAUGCUGAUAGUGACUAAAGUUAAUGUUUAGCUUUUGAUGUACUGAAACAUCAAAAUAAAUGGUAUGAACUG